CUUCUUUUUCUAGGGAUGUAUUCAGCAAAGCUGCUGGACGGAGGGGGAUUGGAGAUGGGACGGACCACGGCGAAAGCGUGGGCGGCUUCGUGACCAGUAGGAGGAGAACUUUAACGGUUCAUAACACCUCCUACACAGAAUCACACAGCAGAAUGCUGAAGGACUUUACAUCUACAAAAAAAUGAUUUUUCAUUGGAGAAAGAUGCUUUUAAUUUUCAUCCUGUUUGAAAAUGCUGAAGGCUGGGAUUCUUCUUCAGAUACUGUGCCGAACAUUAUUAAACUUCAGGCCAUGGACAUGUGGAGACUGGAGAUGGCGUGGACUAUGAAUCAGAAAAAAGAACACAGAAAUCAAACGUAUGAAAUACAAGUUGGACGCUCAGCAAACAUGGAUAUUGUCGACAGCAUGAAUGUAAGCAGAGGGCCACUGGACACAGUUCACACAAUGGUUUGGACCUCACAGCUCCCACUGAACUGUGUAGAUCACUCUGUCAGAAUAAGACUCAUCUCUGAUGCUUCACCAUCCAGCUCUUGGAGUUUAUGGAAAACCAACUAUGGGGAGAUGAACUUGGCUCAUGAUGAAAUCCGAAUGUUCCCAGAAGAUGAGGUGUUACGGGAGGGCUCCACAGUGAUGUUCUGCUGCAUUUAUUCCACAGAGACAAACAUCACCUCUAUGUUUUUCAACAACACAGAGUACAAAGUCAUCAACAUAAGCCCACAGGUCAAAGCCAUUAGAGUGGAAAACAUCAAAGCCACAAAUACAUACGGUGUCAACUUCUACUGCAGGAUGGACAGUAUAGUUGUGAACUCUGUCAUCUUUCCUCCUGAUAAACCUCAGGACUUCAGAUGUGAGACCGAAGACAUGCGAAACAUCAACUGCUCAUGGAAAAUAAAAGCUCCUAAUCUACAGGGUCAGCAGGGAAGGAAGUACACAUUACUAAUCAGUGACUCCAGGAAUGUCAGCUGUAAUCCUAAAUCAAAUUCUGCAUCCUGCAGUUUUGAAGUCAUCCCACAUCAGAUCAACUACAAAAUCACCUUACUCGUGACAAACAGUUUGGGGCAAGAGAGCGAGACCUACAUAUUCAAUAUCACAGACAGAGUUUUUCCAGUCCCUGAGCGUCUUGACGUGACUGCAGGUGUGUUGGAUUCAGUGGUGGUCUUACAGCUGAAUGGGAGUUUCAAAGGACUUCUUUUGGUUUGCCAGAUUGAACUUGAACCAGGAGGGACAAUACAGGAAUUAGAUAAGGAUGGAUCUGACUCAGUGCAGCAUUACACAUUUAGACUACAGCACCUGAACCACAGCACGCGGUACUCCACUAGGGGGCGCUGUGCAGUACAGGGGAAUGACUGGGGCCGAUGGACACCACCAAGGCUAUUCACUACAGAGCCUCUAGUGAGCAUAGAUCUGUGGAGACAAAUCAGGGACAAUCCCAAUCGCACCGUCACACUUGUGUGGACCCCUGUCGGCAAUGUCUCAUAUAUUAAAGCCUAUGAAGUGUGUGUGAGCAACAUAAAUCCACAAGGGAGCGUGUGCAUGAAUGUCACGCAGACGGAAGUGGAACUACCGUUAGAUAUCCAUAUGUGUGACAUCACCGUGAGGGCCGUCAUUCAGUCUGGCUUAUCUAUACCAUCCCACAUCACUAUUCCUUCAGCAUACACAGCAGGCAUACUGAAGAAGAAGAGGAUUCAAGGGAAUGAAAAGGGAUUUCAGCUCACCUGGACGAGGGACUCAGCCACCACAUGUGAUUACGUCGUAGAGUGGUGCAUGCUGGGUAGUGCGCCCCCCUGCAUCUUGCAGUGGAGAAAAGUCCCAGCUAAUCAGACCUCCUUAAACCUGAACACAGGGGGUUUUACAGCAGGAGUUCAAUACACAUUUACAGUCUACAACUGUAACUCAGAGGGACACCGACCUCAUGAGAAACAGAUCGGAUACUCAAAAGAACAGGAGCCCACGCAGUACCCUAAACUGGACUCUAACCCAAACAUAACUUGGUCAUCUGUAAACCUGAAAUGGAGUUUCAAUGAGGAGGAUCCGAGUCACGCUGGAUUCAUCAAAGAAUAUGUGAUUAAGGUACAAGAAGAUUCAGAGGCCGGCUACGAUCUCAGUUCCUUCAAACAGUACUUCGCCGAUCCACACAGCAAGUCUUUCACAGUCAGCGGUCUUGAGGAGGACCAGCCGUACACAUUUCACCUGGCAGCAUGUACGAUUGCAGGCUGUGGACCAGAGACCACCGCCACCUUCAGAACCAGAAAGAACUUUUACCUGCUGAUGGCCAAGAUUUCAAUUCCUCUCCUAGUUUUGGUCGGUUGUUGCGUUUGUCUGUGGUCGUACAGAAGCAUGCUAAGAGGAUUUCCAAAAGAAACGUUCGGCUUUCUGCACAUAAAAGCACUGGACCUGGAUGAAGAUCUUUAUGAAGCGAGUGAAAAGAUCCAUUCUCUGAGGAUAGAGGACUGCACAUGGUGUGACGUCGAGAUUUUAGACAUGCCACCCACCGUGGCAGAGAAGACAUGGUUGGCGAGCGCAGAGGAUCUGAGUUGUUCGUUCAUUAGCCCUAAAGUCACGCUGCCCUCUUUCCUAACACCAUCCUGCCAUCUCGCCGCAGACAUAUGUGCAGCCACAGGUCUCACAAACAUGACUUACAUGUCCUGUGUGCAGCAAAACGUGUCUUCAGAGGUGCUGGAGACCCCUGAGACAAAAGCCACAAGACAAGAGUUCUCAGGCUUUUCAAGUGAUUAUGUCACUUCUGUUGCCACAUAAGUCAUGGAAAUUCAGUUAUGUGAUAUUUUAUACACACCAAAGUAAGCAAGCCAGCACUGUUGGUCUUAUCACAAAAAUGUUCAGUAAGAUCAUGACAUCAGGGCCCCUCUUCCUUCUGCAAAACAGCCUUUACUGACAAGAAGUGUUGUGAAAUGCGAUUUUGCAAUAUUUGACCCUUGAGAUUUUGUAAGGUACUUUAACUUUGUUUUGCAUGUUUUGGUAGACCUUUCUGGUCAAAAAGUGUAAAAUGGUCUCUCUUGAGAGAAUGGGUGUUAAUGGGUAACACUUUAGAAUUAGGUUAACAUUAUUUAAUGCAUUAUGUUUCAUGAACUAACAAUGAAUGUCUCUUUAUGCUCACCAUGGCUGCAUUUAUUAGACCUGAAAAUAGAGUAAAAACCGUAAUAUUGUGAAAUAUUAUUACUAGUGCUGUCAACGUUAACGCAUGUGAUUUUUUUCAUUUUAAAGGUGUGGUCACACUGCACUUUUCGUUUGUAAUUUCGCUGCUUUCCAAAGUUCACGUUUGGUGAACUCUGACCUGCAAAUUCGCAUCACGUGAAGAUGUGCGACCAGUAGAAGGUCGAUUCGUCACGGCAUGACCUCUUGGCUGAAUUAAAAGAAUGAUUUUUUUUGCAUUAAUGUUGAGUAGGUUGUAUAUUUUUUUACAUUUUGAAUGUAUUACUAUAUGUUGAAUUCAUGCUUAUAAAAAAGACGCUGUAGAUCGUGAUGUCAUAUCAUGAUCGUUGCCGCAUCCGAUGACAUUCGCACAUUUACCCCCGGUUUCACAGACAAGGCUUAAGCUAGUCCUAGACUAAAAUGCAUGUUUGAGCUGUUUUAACUGAAUGUAACUUGCAAUGACGUAUCUUAAAAUAUGUCAGAGCCAUUAUUUUGUCUUUAGAAAAAAACAUUACUGGUGAACAUCUUGAGUAUGUUUAUAAAAGCUACUUAAAGCUUUUCAACCCUAAUUGAAAUAAGGCCUAAUCCUGGCUUAAGCUGGGUGCACACUGUGCGAUUUAUAAUAGUCCUUUAUGAUUCGUAAAGCUCAGAAGCUUCAUGAAGCAGUGUUUUGAAAUCGGCCAUCACUAGAUAUUGUUGCAAAGUCGUUAUUUUGUUUUUUUGGCACACAAAAAGUAUUCUUGUCGCUUUAUAAUAUUGAGGUAGAACCACUGUAGUCACAUGACCUGCUUUAAAUAUGUUUUUAGUACCUUUAUGGAUCUUGAGAGGUUCAGUGGCUUUGGCCUCACUGAGCCAUCGGAUUUCAUCAAAAAUAUCUUAAUUUGUGUUCCGAAGAUGAACGAAGGUCUUACGGGUGUGGAACGACAUGAGGGUGUGUAAUUAAUGACAGAAUUUUAAUUUUUGGGUGAACGAACCCUUUCAUGUUAAUCAAAGAACAAAGGUAACAGAGAAAAUUACUCACUGCUCUUGACUAAAGAAGUUUUGUAGCUUUAAUAAGGAUUAAUUUAUAUUUAUAAUUUAUGCAGUGCAGACUGGUUGAUAACUUCAAUUUCUGUAUAUUUCCAACCUGUUAGACAUCAUUCUACUAUUCUGAUUUGCUGAUUUGAAACAUUUCUUAUUAUCAAUGUUGAAAACAGUUCUAUGAUGAAUAGAUAGAACAGUAUUUCAAGCAGAAAUCUUUUGUAACAUUAUAAAUGUCUUUUACUGUCAAUUUUGAUCAAUUUAAUGCAUCCUUGCUGAAUAAAAGCAUUAAUAUCUUUAAAAAAAAA